GUGGACCAGUAUCCUGAUGCAAUUGUCAAAAGGAGACUGGAAAGUGCAAGGUUUUUACCCUUAAUAGUAAACAAACGUAGCUGAUUAAUUUUGAAGUUUCAAGUUCUGGACCUUUUGCCAAACAAUUGAAUAAAUAUUACAGAUUUUCUUUCCAAAAUUCAAGUUCAUAGUGAUAGGUUGGUCUCGGAAUAGGCCAAAAAUAGUUAGCCCUCCUUUUAUUUUAAGUUAAAAGCUCUUUAGAUGUCAACUUCUUGUGAUGCAACUCUUCUGUAUCAAAGGAAAUAGUUUCACUAAGCCCUGAAAUAUCGACAGAGCUCCUUGAAAAUGUGCAUGCAAAUGAAGCAAUUUAGAGAUGUUGAAGCAGGAAUAUAUCUGGAAAUGAUGGAUAUUCCUGAUGACAACACGCAUCGGGAAUUUAUUUGCAAAGUGUAUAUGGUUAUAGCAAUUCAGUUGCUCCUGACCGCUCUUGGAAUUGCUGCAGUUGUUAUUCUUAUUCAACCUUUGGCUUACUUUCUCGCAUAUAGUAGCGUUGGAUUACCUUUCUACUUGGUCAUUUGCAUAGCCGCAAUCGUAUCAUUGUGCCUGUUGUACAGCUAUGACUUGGCCAAUUAUCUUCUGCUUGGGGUAUUGACCGCUACUCUUGCACUUCUGGUCGGAUUGACAUGUGCAGUUGCUACCGGGAAGGCAAUUCUGGGAUCGAUGAUUCUGACAAUCGCAAUGGUCAUUCUUCUAACUCGAUAUACAUUCUGGGCAGCUAGCAGAGGUCACAAUUUCGACUUUCUAAGGCCCUUCUUAUGUGGUGCAAUUGUUCUAAUUGUGGUGUUUGCUUCAGUACAGAUUAUAUAUCCUUUGGGUAGAAUAUUUGUGAUGUUUUAUGGAUGUUUUGGUACAAUAGCAUUCUCUGCCUACAUUAUUUGCUUCACUGACGGCCUAAUUAUUAAUGCCGCCUCUUAUGAUAAAUACAUUUGGGCUGCAGUGUCUCUGUAUGUGGACUUCAUUAACCUUUUCCUUUUGUUACUUUCUAUCUUCAAAGCCCUUGAUUAUUAAGAUUCUAAUAGAACUUAUUACAAAUAAUAUAUUAAUGUUUGGCAGCCUUAAUAAGAACGUUUAAAUGAGUUAUUAACACAUGAUGUAAUUACUUAAGGUAAAUAGAAAAAAAUAUUAUUUGUAUGUUCCAUGGCAGACUAUUUAAAGACAGGAAUGAGAAGAAGAUGAUGCUUGCAAGUAAAACUUUUCUCCUAGCAAAGCGUUUAUUCUUAUUUUACAGCUAACUUGCAUUAAGGUUUUGCUUGAUUUCCAAACUAAACCUGUAUUCUUCUAUAUAUUUCUUAAAUUGCUAAACAAUGAACAAAAACCAUUGACGUGGAUUUGUGUUUACAAUCAGAAACAUACAACAUAUUGGAACAAGAACUAAACUUAUGAGCUAUGUUCCACGCGAACUUCUCGAAUUCUAUAUUUUGGCGUUACAUUUUGAAACGGAAAUGCUUUAGGAACUUGUAACUUUAUAUUUAAAACCUGAUCUUUAAAACAAAUAUUGUUUCGGUAUAUUUCAUUUCAACGUGUU